AUGGGAUGUGGAGCUACUCAAAAGAUGUUUAAAGUGAAGCGAAAUGAAAUAGAGGAAGGAGAUACCUCUCUCCAAGAUAUUAAUAUUCAUCAUAAUUCCUCAAUCACAGAGCAGAAAGUCAAGCGACAAGAGAACGGACAAUUCUUAUAUAACGUAAAUGGUAUGGCUUAUAAAAUAAUUAUUAGCUGUAUAAAGAGCCCAGAAUUAUCCCAAGUGCUUUCCUAA